AAGGAAAUUCGUAAGGUGGAAAGUAGCAUUUCUCAUGAGUACGGACCGUGGAGAUCACAGGGGCUUGUAAAGAAAGUGCAAGAGGUGAGUGGACGUUUCGAAGGGAACUUAAUGCAACGAAGGUCAAGGAAACGUGAUGCCAUUUCUGGUGUAAAUGACGACACGACCGUUACUGAGGAUGAGCAAUUUGAAGGGGAUGGGGAAAAUGGGUUAGAGUUGACGAUUCAUAAUUUUGUUUCAGAUAUAAGACGGACGGUUGACAAUGCGUUGAGCAGAUUUAGUCAGUUGUCGGUUGAGGUUGAGAAUUUGGGGCCAGAAGAGAGUAAUGCAGGGGUUAAUCCACUUCCGAUUAGUUGCCCUCUUCUUUUGGUAGACACCGGACGUGUCACAAGGGAUAUUGAUUCCGUUUUAAGGGAAUAUGAUCAGCGUCGUGAGGACAAUAGCUCGGUGGAAUGUUUCAUUGAACCACGUUCAUGUGCUCAAACAUCGAGGGAUGAGAGCUUGACUUUUGAAAGUAGGCGAAUUGAAGCACUGGGGGUUGGUGACAGCCGGGCGGAGGGAGACACAAGAGGUCGGGGUUAUCAGACUGUUGUGAAUUUGUCUAAGAGAGUUUUGACUGAGGGGGAGGUCUCA